AUGACUUACAUUUUUACACGUGUUGUUAAGGACUGGGGGUUUAAAAGAGGAUUCUGCAUUGAACAGUGGGUUUAGUCAGCAAGAUAAAAUAGUCUUGUUAGUCACAUAAAGAUGAUGGCUACCUCAGGAGCCCGAACGUGUGUCAUCCUUCUCUUCCUGUUAAUUGCUGCUCCACUUAACACAUCCUCAGCCAGUGUGUCAGAUCCCUCUAAAACCAGAAAUGCACCGAUCAGACCCACCAGCACGCCAACCGUCAGCCCUAGGCCCAGUAGCUGGGGAUUCUUACUACUCCAGUCCAGAGGUGGAGGAAACGGGAGAGGAACUGGGCGAGGGAAAGGGUCGACGGCAUGGCCAGAGACACCACCCAGACCCCAGGCUCAAGUCAUGCUUUCAAAAAAUGCCACAGUCGGUGCCCUGGGUCCUCCGCUCGGAGCAGCACAGGUGGCCCCACCUCCACGCAGACUGGUGGAAGUGGAUGUGUGCCGUGGUUACUAUGAUGUCAUGGGCCAGUAUGACCUUACCUUCAACUGCUCUAAGGAUGAUUUUAUCUACUGCUGUGGCACAUGCCACUACCGCUUCUGCUGUCCAGACCGCUCCCGCCGGCUUGACCAGAACAUCUGCCAUAACUACCACUCGCCAGUCUGGGCCAAUACAGCACCACCAGGGACUAAACCGCCCCAUCAUAUCACUGACCCUGACCUCAGUCGCAUCGAACAGAGCAACAAUACCAUAUAUGUCAUUGGUGGAGUAAUCUCAUUCACUGUUGCUGUGGCUGUGGCCAUCAAGGUGGCCUUUAACAAGGCGUCGCGGCAGGCACGCAACAGGGAGCUCAAUAUGCCCAGAGCUCUGGUGGACAUGUUGCGCCACCAGUCUAGCCCAGUGCAACAGGGUGAAAGAAACAACAGUGUUGCCCUGGGCAGUGGAGGAGGAGAGGGCACUCUUGGGCGGCCUCCUAAAAACCUGUACCCUACUCUGCAGAGCAAAGACAACCGAUUGGGAAAUCUACAGCAUAACUUCAUCCAUACCUCAGGAUCCAGCCCCAAACACACUGCCACUAUUGAGCGUGCACCACGUAUGAACAACAUGCAGAUGACCGCUGGAGGAACACUGAAACCAAAUAAGCACACUAACACCAUGAAGCCUCAGCCCUCGUUUCACCACUCGCUUCAUAACUUGGCUCAGCUCCCACCCUCGUAUGAGGCUGCCAUGAAGCCUGAGCUCAACAGAUACUCUUCGCUCAAACGCCUGGAAAAAGGAGGUCUGGAGGAAUAUUCAGGAUACUGCACCACUAAACGGAGACCCAACAAUGCCCCUCCGUCCUUCCACUCAUCACAGCACCACUUGCCUUGGGGUGGUGACUAUACACUAGGGGGGAGAGGGACACUCCCUACCCAUGCCACCCGUCCUCGCAUACCUCACCCUCAGUCUGCCCCCAGCCAUACCCCUAACCCCUAUCCCUUGGAGCCUCCAGAAACCAAGCCCAACCAGAACUACGACACCCUUUCCAAACCUCCUCGCCGAGUCAAAUCCACAGAUCAGCUCCUUGCCCUCGGGGAUGGCAAUACCUUAUCACGGCUCUCUAAGAACCAGCAGCACCAGUACUACAAGGCUAUGAAUGCUGCAACAGCAAAAAACUCCAAUCCCCAGAACACCCUGCGCAAAUCUAAGGAAAGGCUGCUGAUGUCACCUGAUCAUCUAGAGGAGGAAGUGGGCAUGGGUGGAGUCGAUUAUGGAGGUGGUGGGGGUGGUAUGGGCAUGGGUAUGGGCGACUACACAGUCGGAGGGGGCAUGGUGCCCACUCUACCCCGCGUGAGCCACCAGAAGGCUCAGUCACAGCAGAAUGUUUGUGCCACCCCCUCUCUUGAUCGCCAUCACAUGAUCAAGAUGAACUCACACCCGACCUCGGGCCGCGAGCAAGAGCGCAAUGCAGUUGCCAUGUCAGGUCACCUGGGAGGAGGAGGAGGAGGAGGAGGAACCGGAGGGAUGGGAUGGAGUGAAAUGCAAGGAACCGGAGUUGUCAUGGGCACAGGAACACUAGGAGGUCAUAGCGCCAGGAGGCUAGCUUUUGCUGCAAAAAGGCAAAAUACCAUUGAGCAACUACACUUCAUCCCUGGAGGAGGGGGGAGCAGUGGAAGCGGGGUGGCCUCAAACCAGGGCGUUCGGACGGGGAGCAAAAAUGAAGUGACUGUGUGAAGAGAGGAUGGAGGGGAUUGAGAGAGAGUUAAGGAAAAUGGAGGGUGAGUUUGAGGGUGCGAUGAGUGGGAUGGUAAUG